GACACUUUCUAAUUCCUUUCCCUGGACUUUCUCUGACUCGCGCGCUCUGAGUCAAAAUCAUCAGGACUUGCGAAAUUCUGAGGUGGUAUCUGCCUCACUAUGGCCAGUUUUGAAACUGGAGGGAAUAAGGAGGUGAUAGAUACAGAUGUGGUGGUCGUAGGAGCUGGAAUAAGUGGGUUAUGUGCUGCCAAGCUCCUCCAUGAGACUGGAUUGGAUGUUCAAGUUCUGGAGGCCCAGGACAGGGUUGGAGGAAGGACUUACACGGUGUCGCAUCCCAGUUCUGGGUAUGCCGACUUGGGAGGUGCGUAUGUGGGGGCAGGACAGGACAGAAUCCUGCGGGUUGCAAAGGAACUGGACCUGAAACUCUACAAGGUCAAUGCCGAGGGGAAAACAGUGAGCUACAUGGAGGGAGUACACCGAUCAGGCAGCUCUGAUGACCCUUCCCUUCUGACAAGGAAUCCGUUGGCUCUUCUGGACAUGAACAACUUGCUAUGGAAGGUCGGAGAGUUCAGCAAACAGGUCCCACCUGAUACUCCUUGGAAGGCACCAAGGGCUAAAGAAUGGGACAGUAUGACAGUCAAGGAGUUCAUGGACAAGGAGUGCUGGACAAGCGUAACAAAGAAGCUGUUGGGUUUGCUUGUGGCUACUUUGGCCUGCUGUGAGCCAGAAGAGUUAUCAUUCCUGUUCUCCUGGCUGGUGUGGCAUCUUCGGGUGGAUUUGGAAAUGCGAUAAAUGAAGCACAGGAGAACAAAUUUGUGGGUGGCUCUAUGCAAGUGAGUGAGAAGAUUGCAGCGUUGCUUGGCAACAGAGUUGUUCUGUCCAGCCCUGUCAUGAGGAUAGAACAGCAGGAGGCAGUUACCAUGGUGACCACACACAGUGGGCAACAGUACAGGGCAAAGUAUGUUAUAAGUGCCGUACCACCUACUCUUCUCCAUCGGAUUCUGUUUGAACCCCCACUCCCAGGCUUGAAAAUACAGGUGA